AUGAGUGUGGUCGGGGCGCACCGCUACAGCAUUGUGUCCUCGGAGGAAGAAGGCCUGCGUCUCGGUGCCAUGCCUUCCGUCACAAUGGGCAACGGCUUCGGUAACGGCAAGAUCCACACAACGCGCCGCAAGUGCCGCAGCCGCUUCGUGAACAAGAACGGCCAGUGCAAUGUGCACUUCUCGCACAUGGACGAGAAGUCGCAGCGCUACAUGUCGGACAUCUUCACCACGUGCGUGGACAUCCGCUGGCGCUGGAUGUUCCUGAUGUUCACACUGGUGUUCGUGGUGUCCUGGCUGGCAUUCGGCCUGGCCUUCUGGGUCAUCGCUUUGCUUCAUGGAGAUAUGGACAACCCGGGUGGUGGAGACGAUAACUUCACCCCCUGCGUCCUGCAGGUCAACAGCUUCGUGGCCGCCUUCCUGUUCUCCGUGGAGACACAGACCACCAUUGGUUAUGGCUUCCGCUGCGUGACGGAGGAGUGCCCCUCAGCCGUCUUCAUGGUGGUCUUCCAGUCAAUUUUCGGCUGCAUCAUCGACUCCUUCAUGAUCGGUGCCAUCUUAGCCAAGAUGGCGAGGCCUAAGAAGCGUGCAGAGACGCUGCUGUUCAGUAACAAUGCAGUGAUCGCCAUGCGGGAUGGGAAGCUGAGCCUUAUGUGGAGGGUGGGCAACCUGAGGAAGAGCCACAUGGUGGAGGCCCAUGUCCGGGCCCAGCUCAUCAAGCCCCGCAUCACAGAGGAGGGUGAGUACAUCCCCCUGGACCAGAUCGACAUCAACGUAGGGUAUGACACGGGCAUCGACCGCAUCUUCCUGGUCUCCCCGCUCACCAUUGUGCACGAGAUUGAUGAAGAGAGCCCCCUGUUCGGCAUCAGCAAGCUGGACCUGGAGUUGUCCGACUUUGAGAUAGUGGUGAUACUUGAAGGGAUGGUGGAAGCCACAGCCAUGACAGCGCAAGCUCGCAGCUCCUACCUGUCCUCUGAGAUUCUGUGGGGUCACCGCUUCGAGCCUGUCGUCUUCGAGGAGAAGAGCCAGUACAAAGUGGAUUACGCUCACUUUCACAAAACCUUUGAGGUGCCGUCCACCCCCCAGUGCAGUGCCAAGGACAUGGCGGAGAUGGAGGACGAGGACAAGGAUCCUACACCCACAGCCAACUCUUUCUGCUAUGAGAAUGAGCUGGCUUUCAUCAGCCAGGAAGAGGAUGAGGAGGGGCAGGAGGAUGGGGACAGGGUGCCAGAGCUGGAGAGACUGCAGGCCACCGUCAGCCUAGACCAGAGGUCAUAUCGUAGAGAAUCGGAGAUAUGACCUUUGACAUUUCAUAAUAGUUUUCUUGUAACUCAGUUCUAGCGGGUUGUUUUCCAUGUGAAUACAUGCAGAGCAAUGCAAGUGCCAUAUGAAACCCAUGACUCAUGUAGCAUCAUGCUACAGCCAUGAGGAAGGAGGAAGGAGGAAAUCACUCUAGAAACAGCCAUGAGUGGAGACAGCAGUGCUGCUUGCUCAUAGCAUGGAAUAACAGGAACAGUCAUCAAAAGACCCCUCUCUCUUUAAGAAAACUUUAAACCUUUUGGUCAUGAGAUGGUUUGAGGUAGGAGCUUUAUAUAAUGCAAUAUUCAUUGUCUAUUAGGAAAUAAUAUCUUAGCUAUAAAAAAUAUAUAUAUUGAUUUCUUAGUUGAGUGUGUGAAGUAUUUUCAACAGAUCAAGAGGGUAUUUUGAGGGAUUCUUAUAACUGCCCUAUAUUGUAGUUUACAGAGUCAAAGACACAGAGUGUGCUGGAAAUAGAAACACUGGAUACCUACUGCUGUUUAGUUAAACAUUUUCUAUAUGCACACCUGUAGUUUUAAAGGUGCUUUCCAUAAAUAUUGCCUGCUGCUAAUUAGCUAUUUGAAAUAAAUAUGAAAUAUUAACUUAAAAUUGGAAGA